CGCAGUAAGCUCAGUGUGGUUGUGCGUGCAGCAGCACACACAGCUACAUCGGCCUGGAUACUGGUGUUACUACUAGACAUGGAACGUUUUGACCACUAAUAAACUAUCACUGAAGGAAAAGAUGGGGGACAGCGUUGAUGUCAAGGCUCUGAGAGCCAAGUUCAACAGCAAAUCCAGCACCUCGGAUACCAGCAGCCGGGACAGCGGCUCGCCGAAAUCUCCUCGACCUGGGUUUGGGAGAGCCAUUCUUCCAGUGGCAGAGAGCGAGCUGACACAGAGACUUUCACCCACGAUUCCUCCUCAUCUGGCUGGCCCAGGCCCGGUGAGACUCCCGAGAAUUGAGCCGAUGGCGGCUUCAAUCCCUCCCAGACCGGGUUCGUUCCCUCGUCCGCCUGCCUUUGCUGGACCCAGAGCCCCUAUUCAGCCAACAGAUGCUACCAAAGUCAAGCAGACGGGGGAGAUGCUACAGAACAUGAUGCUGAGGCAUCAGAGGCCCCCAGUCCCCCAGGUACCCCAGGUACCCCAGGUACCCCGACUAGGAGCUGGAAGCCCAGCUCCUGUUCCACCUCCCACCUCUACCCCUCUUCCAAUCAGACAGCAGCCUCGACAGAGGAGCGCAGGGGAAGUGACCCCACUGAGGAGGCCUCUGCCCCCUGAAGGACCGAUGCCCGUGAAACCUAAAAGACCUCCGACUGUCAACUUGGAGCCGUUUCGGAGGAACAGAAGAGGGCUUCCUCCUGCUCUUCCUGCCCCGAGGACGAGUGAUGGCUCAGGAAGCAGAAGGAUGUCUUUACCGGCAGUGGUCAGUCCUCCAAAACCUCCACAACGCUCUGACAAACCCAACAGACUGCAGCGGCAGAUUGCCUCUGCGGACCUGGACGAGGACGAACAGGAUCCCUAUGACGAUAUCGACAUUGACAAAAAUGAGAACUGCAGCGAUCAAAGUUCACAGUGUGUUGAUGGGGAUGAUGACGACGAGGUGUAUGAGAUGAUUGAUGAGGAGCAAGAGAAAGCCACCAUGAAAGAAGUUAAGAAGAAACAGGAGAAGGACAUGAAAGAGAUUCAGAAAAAAAUGAGUGAGCUCAAGAAGAACUUUCAGUUACAAGGAGAGAUAGAGGUUAUUCAAACCGCCAAAGUCCGGAAAGACUGGAAUGGGGAAGGAAAACUGGACCUGAGCGUGCACCAGGGGGACAGCGUGGAGAUCCUCCGUGUGACGGGUAACCCAGGAGGCAGAUGGUUGGCACGCACUAUGAAUGGAAACUAUGGAUACAUCAACAACUCGUGUGUGGAUAUUGACUAUGAAGCAGUGAAGACCAAACACGGGUACAAAAAAUCAAACUCACAAGCGUUACCUCCACCACCCCCGGACCCACCACAGAUCUUUAAUAUGGACUCCAACAACAGAGACAGCCUGAUUCAAGAUGAGGAUGACUAUGAUGAUGUCCAACCACUACCUGAAGAUUUCCCACCUCCUCCACCUCAAAUCAGCAUAGACCCCAAAGUGGAGAAGGAUUUGAAAAAAAAAUUUAAGUAUGACGGACCACUCAGGGUGCUGCACACCAUGUUAGUGGAUCCCAACUCCAUCAUAAAGAAACCAGGAGCAAAAGAUCUGCCUGUAACACAGGGAGAGAUUGUGGAUGUCAUCCAGCUCACCAGCAGCAAGAAAGCUCUGUGUCGCAACAGGUUUGGGAAAUAUGGUUAUGUGUCCAGAUCUCUUCUUCUUCCAAUGGAACAAGACAUUUAUGAUGACGUCGACUAUGCAGAUGAUGUCUACGACAACGAUUCUCUGUAAAAUGAUUAUUAAAGCGUAUCAAACUAAACAUACAAGAGAGAAAAGGAAACAAACAAACCAAACAUUUUUUAGCUUUAUCGAACUAUAACCAAAAACUGGAUGCUAGAAAAUCAAGUAAAGACAGAAUCUGUCUGGAUACAGAUGCUUUAUUUGAUUGCACAAACUGCAGAAAUGUGUUGAAAAGUCACAGGUUUGUAGAGUUUCUGUAGAUUUGUUUGUGCUAAGCUGUAUAAAAGUUCAAACUUAAUUCAACUGUGUAAUUAUUCAAACUGACAAAAUCAAACGAUAUAUCAAACUUAAAUAUAAAUAUAAUAAUUUAUAAGGACUUGGGGGUUUUUUUGUCCACAAAAGGUCACUCAUAAUAAGACUGUGUAAACAAACUUACUGUAAACCUUCACUCACCUGCCACUUUAUUACCUGCUCAACGGCUCAUUAAUGCAAAUAUUCAAUCACAUGGCAGCAGUUUAAUGCAUUUGGGCAUUGAGACAUGGUCAAGAUGUGUAUAACUGAUCAAACUGAGCAUCAGAAUGGGGGAGAAAGGUGCUUUAAGAGACUUUCAAAGUAGCAUCAUUGUUGUUGGAGUUACUUGGGCUGGUCUGAGUAUUUCAGAAACUGCUAACAGAUAACUGCUGGGAUUUUCCCAUUGCAACCAUCUCUAAGGUUUACAGAGAAGGAUCCAAAAUUGAGAAAAUAUCCAGUGAGCAGCUGGCAAAAUGAUUGUUUGGUCCAAUGGGUGUUGUCUUCCACUGUGACAUUCAGAUGUUGGAGUAAACAACAUGAAAGCAUGGAUCCACCUUCCUUGUAUUAACACGUGAUGUCACAAAGCUCACUCAACUCAAAUGGCCUCCACAGUCACCAGAUCUCAGUCCUGUUCAUGGACUCACAGAUUCACAACAUGGAUGUGCAGCCAACAAAAUCUGCAGUGACACUUGAAUCUCUGCCAUAAAGAAUUAAAGUGGUUUUAAAAACAAAAUGUG